CCAUCAAUCACUGAUAAAACUUGAUGAAAAUGGCUCCAAGUACAUUGAUGAAACUCAAUGAAAGGGGAUUAUUCGAAGCAUAUCAAUUUCGAUUUGAUCACAUUACCUCCGUCAUUAAACACUGACCAACAGUCCGUGCAAUGACUAUGGUAUGGAUCGCAGAACUAUUGCUAUUGAGUAACUACUAGUAGUGAAUAGAAAAACGACACCUUUUCAUUGAUUGAAAAAAAGGAAAAAGGGAGUAAUAGAUCUAUUCGUUGUGGAUCUGGUGGGAAUCUAAGAAACUAUGAGGUGAUUAGAUGAACGUCAUUAGAAAGAGGCCGCUUGUAGCCAUGCAAAUGAGUGUACACACCAGGACAUCACUCAUUUCGGCACAUCAUUCUUAUCGUAUCUUUCGGACGAGCAAGUUUAUAUCGUGAACAAAAAAAAGUGAUCCAACGCAGUUCUUUUAUUUUUCAAUAAAAAAAAGUCAUCUUAAAAAAUGGCCAUUAUUAAGUUGGAAUCAUCAGACGGUGAAAUAUUUGAUACUGAAAUCGACGUGGCCAGAUGCUCCGGCACUAUUAAAACCAUGUUGGAUGAUUGUGGUAUUGAAGAUGACGAUGGUGGUGCCACUGUACCACUUAAAAAUGUGAACUCAUACAUUUUACGUCGCGUUUUAGAAUGGGCAAAACAUCAUCAUAACGAUAAACCUGUCGAUGAUGAUGAAAACAAGGAAAAGCGCACCGAUGAUAUUUCAGCAUGGGAUGCUGAUUUUUUGAAAUGUGAUCAAGGCGUAUUAUUUGAUUUGAUUCUGGCUGCCAAUUACUUGGACAUCAAAAGCUUGCUUGAUGCCGGCUGCAAAACGGUUGCCAAUAUGAUAAAAGGCAAAACACCCGAAGAAAUUCGCAGUACAUUCAACAUCAAGAAUGACUUUACAUCGGCCGAAGAAGAACAGGUUCGCAAAGAGAACGAAUGGUGCGAGGAAAAAUAAACAACACCAAUGACUCAUCUUACUCUGGCUACCAUCAAUGUUAAAUCAAUUUCGACUCUUUCUUGUAUUUUAUGGAAAAUAAUAAAAACAAAUGUAUUUAAGCGUAUUUAACUGAAAAUGGAAAAUAAAUUCUGAACAAUUACUCGAAA